AUGACGGCCGCGGGGUUCCUGGCGCGCUUCCACGAGAAGGCCGAGCACAACCAGUACUGGUACAGUCCAAAGACGAUCGAGGCCAUCACGCAGGAGGUGCUCGACGGCGACGCGACGCGGUGCGCGUUCCUGUCGACGCCGUCGGUGUUCUACUCUCUGCCCCCGGACAGCAAGGCGCGGCAAAACAGCGCCGUGUUCGAUCUCGACCCAGUCUUUGGCGAAGACAAGGAGGUGGAGUACGUCCAGUACGACUUCAACAAGCCCGAGGCGAUCCCCGCGUCGCUGCACGGCACCUUCGACAUGGUCGUAAUAGACCCCCCCUUCAUCACGCGCGACGUCUGGGAGAAGUACGCCGCCGCGACGAAGCUCCUGCUCAAGGAGAACGGACGCAUUCUGCUGACGACGAUCGGGGAGAACGCGAAGAUGCUCGCGGAGCUGAUGCCGGGCGUGAAGCCGCGCGUGUUCAAACCGGCCAUCCCGAAUCUGAUCUACCAGUACUCGCUCUACACGAACUACGACAGCGAGCGGCUCGCGGAACCCAACCCGGAGAUCCCCGAGGACGACGAGAUCUGA